GCGCGGCCCGAGAGCUCGGCGACGCCGCGGCCGCGCGCCGGCGGCCGAGGAGGAGAGAGCGUUGCCGUUAUCCUCUAGGCUGUUUGGAGAGAGUGACUCAAUGCACCUUGGGCAGGCAGUCUGCGGGGAUGAAGUGGUUGGGAGAGUCCAAGAACAUGGUGCUGAAUGGCCGCAGGAACGGAGGCAAAGUGUCUGAGCGUCAGCAGAGCCCGUCCAAAGCGCAGCCCGCAGGCAAGGACGCCUUGAAGGCCGGCCGGAGCGCAGGCGAGCGCAAGGCCAGCAGAUGCCAUGGGAGCUCAGGGUUCGAAGGGCAGAGCCGCUACGUGCCGUCUUCUGGGAUGUCCGCCAAGGAGCUCUGCGAGAACGACGACCUCGCCACCAGCCUGGUUCUCGACCCUUAUUUAGGUUUUCAAACACACAAAAUGAAUACUAGCGCCUUUCCUUCGAGGAGCUCAAGGCAUUUUUCAAAAUCUGACGCUUUUCCUCACAACAACCCCGUGAGAUUCAGGCCUAUUAAAGGAAGACAAGAAGAACUAAAAGAAGUGAUUGAACGUUUUAAGAAGGAUGAGCAUUUGGAAAAAGCCUUCAAGUGUCUGACGUCAGGCGAGUGGGCGCGGCACUAUUUCCUCAACAAGAACAAAGUGCAGGAGAAAUUAUUCAAGGAACAUGUGUUUAUUUACUUGCGAAUGUUUGCAACUGACAGUGGAUUUGAAAUACUACCUUGUAAUAGAUACUCAUCAGAACGAAAUGGAGCCAAAAUAGUUGCAACAAAAGAGUGGAAACGAAAUGACAAAAUAGAAUUACUGGUGGGUUGUAUUGCCGAACUUUCAGAAAUUGAGGAGAACAUGCUACUUAGACAUGGAGAGAACGACUUCAGUGUCAUGUAUUCCACAAGGAAAAAUUGUGCUCAACUCUGGCUCGGUCCUGCUGCGUUUAUUAACCAUGAUUGCCGACCUAACUGUAAGUUUGUGUCAACUGGUCGGGACACAGCGUGUGUGAAGGCACUUCGAGACAUUGAACCCGGAGAAGAAAUUUCCUGUUAUUAUGGAGAUGGGUUUUUUGGAGAAAACAAUGAAUUCUGCGAGUGUUACACUUGUGAAAGACGGGGAACUGGUGCUUUUAAAUCCAGAGUGGGACUGCCUGCGCCUGCUCCUGUUAUCAAUAGCAAAUACGGACUCAGAGAAACAGAUAAGCGUUUAAAUAGGCUUAAAAAGUUAGGGGACAGCAGCAAAAACUCAGACAGCCAAUCUGUGGGCUCUAACACUGAUGCAGACACCACUCAGGAAAAAAACAAUGCAACUUCUACACGAAAAUCUUCAGUCGGUGUAAAAACGAGCAGCAAGAGCAGAGCGUUGACCAGGCAGUCGGCGUCGAGAAUUCCAGCUCCUCCCAGUACUACCUCAUCGAAGCUGACCCCCGGCAGUGAUUCCAGGGCACCAAAGAGACUGAAGAAACCCGCCAGGCCUUUACUGUCAAAGAUCAAACUAAGAAAUCCCUGCAAGCGGCUGGAGCAGAAGAACACUUCGAGAAAGCUUGAGGUGGGCGACCUAGUACUUAAAGAGCCCAAAGUCGUUCUGUAUAAAAAUUUGCCCAUUAAAAAAGAAAAGGAGCCAGAGGGACCAGCAGAGGUGACAGGUGCCAGCGGGUGCUUGACCAGGCACGCGGCACGGGAGCACAGACCAAGUCCUGGGAGAGGUGCUGGCACGCAGGGGGAAGGCUCGCCCUGCGCCUACACGACCAGGCGGUCGGUGCGGACGAGGACCAGUCUGAAGGAGGCCUCGGACAGCAAGUCGGAACCAAGCCCACUGGACAGCUGUGCCAGUAGUGAGGCCAAGCCUCAGGCAGACUGUGCCGAGCAGCCGGCAGAGCCACCCGGGGUGCCACAAGAAGAACCAGCUCCUGACAUGGCACCAGAGGGCGAAGCCAGGUGUCACGGGAACCCUGACAGCCCAUCCAAAAGAAAGUCGCGGCAGGGGAAGCUAGUGAGACCGUCGGGAAGUGCUGAGGAGUCCCCUCCCGUGCACAGUCCCCCUGACAGCGACAGUGUGCCCCUGGCUCCAGCGGAGCCACGGCCCGAGCAGGGCGAGUUCAACGGCCCCGCUGGCGUGCCUGCGAGUCACACGGCCUGCGCCUCCCCACCAGCCAGCUGCCCGGUUGUCACAGCAGACAGCUUCAAAGUCAAAGACAGCUUCAGAACUGCCAAGAGCAAGAAGAGGAGGCGGGCCACGCGGUACGACGCACAGCUGGUGCUGGAGGACAGCUCCGGCAUCCCCAAGCUGACUCUGCGCCGGCGCCACGACAGCAGCAGCAAGGUGGCCGAGCAGGAGGGCGACGCAGUGAGCGCCUCUAAGCUCAGCAUCAAGCUGAGCAAGGACCACGACAAGGACAGCAACCUCUACGUGGCCAAGCUCAACAACGGCUUCAGCUCGGGGUCCGGCAGCAGUUCGACAAAGCUCAAGAUCCAGCUGAAGCGGGACGAAGACGGCAAGGGGCCCUACGCGGAGGGGCUGCAUGAGAACGGGCUGUGCUGCAGCGACCCCCUGUCCCUGCUGGACCCCCGCGUGGAGGUGGACGACUACAGCCAGUGCGAGGACGAGAGCACUGAGGACGACUCCUCCUCCUGCGCCGAGGAAGAGGACGAGGAGGAGGAGGAGUUUGAAGACGACUUCAUCCCUCUGCCGCCAGCCAAGCGCUUGAGGCUCAUAGUCGGGAAAGACUCGAUAGAUAUUGACAUUUCCUCGAGGAGAAGGGAGGAUCAGUCUUUAAGGCUAAACGCGUGAGCUGCUGGUCUGAGCGUGACCAGGGUGACGACCCUGAAGAGGUAGACAUCCCAGCCGCGGGCUCCGUCACCCUGGAGGAUGUGCAGCGGGCCGGCCCUGGCCAGCUCGGAGCUGCGCACAUUUUCCGUACUUUUUCAAAAGCCUUCUAUGUGCAAUUCUGAAUGGGUGGGAAAGCCCCAGUGUAAAAUAAAGGCUCAAGCAAAAUUGUACAGUGACAGCAACUUUCCGCACAGGACAUUGGAAACAAUAAUGUGGCUACACAAUUUUUUUUCUUUUAAGAGCGUCCGCUGACUGUGCUAUAUGACUAAACAGUAACUUAAAUCAUAGUAGGCUUUCUAGCGUAUGCUCGAUCACCAGCAGUGACCGGGGCUUCUGGGUUUCCUGGUUGGAGUCUGGUCAGUUUCACACUGUUUGGGGGGGCCCCUUUGUUAGUGUAGCAAGCCAUUGGUUAGAAGUCAUUGAUUUCUUUAAAAACCAAAAAAGAAAACGAAUUACCCACAGGACAACUUACCUGACCACACGCAGUGUGCUGGGAUGAGUUUCAAUGCAGCGUAUUUAUUGCUUGUCAUGUAAAUUAAAGACCUUGUAUUUAACACUUUUCAAUCCUUUUAGAUAAAAUUGUUCUUGGCAAGAAUGAUUGGUGCUUAUUUUUUCAAAAAUUUGCUGUGAACAAUGUGACAACAAGCAACAUUGACCUAAUGAACUACAGCUGUCUUGAUUUGGUUCUUUGAGUUUUCUGUUGCACUUGUAAAAUGCUACAAGGAAUAUUAAAAAAAAAAUCUAUUCACUUUAACUUAUAAUAGUUUAUGAAAUAAAACCAUAAGUCACAGCUUUUGUUCUGUGGUAACCUAUAAAAAUGUUUGUCUGAAAUUCAAUGUAAAGAAGUGAAAACAAUGUAUAUGUUGUAAAUAUUUGUGUGUUGUGAGAAAUUUUUGUCAUAAGAAAUUAAAAGAACUUACCAGGAAGGUUUUUAAGUUUAGAAAUAUUCAUGCCAAUAAAAUAGGAAAUUAUAAAUAUAUAUAGUUUUAAGCACUGCAUCAGUGGGAGUUCCUGGCUUAUGUUAGUUUAUUAUGAAAAUAUCAACUUUUUUUUACUGUCUUAUCAGACAAAAAGAAGAGUCAGAUUUGUGGGUUUUGGUUUUGUUUGUUUUUUUGAAGCACUUUGAGAAAUUUUAAGUAACUUAAUGAGCAAAUUUUGGCUACUACUUGUGUUCAACACCCAGCUCUCGUAUCUCUGGCUUUAUUUUACAAAUCCUUGGAUAAAGAAUUUGGGAACAUGAAUCUGUAGAGAAGGUUGGACACCAGUGGCUCUCCUGAUCGCCUGGACAUGCAGGCAUGAACUCUAGGUGCACCGCCUUCAUCAGAGACCUUGGCCGGUCACCCACAGGGGCCGUGGGCAGCACCCUGGGGUCCAGCGUUGGAGCUCACUGAUGGCUGCUGGCCACCUGGGGAGGGGAACCUUCCUUGGAGCUGGCUGUGUUGGCAGGCUCCAAACAAAGUCUAAGAUUCAGAAACAUUUUUGCAAGAUUGUUCUGCCCCUGUGUGCCCGAAGGAGUGCCUUUGCAGCCUCCCUGGCGGUCAAGGUGCAAGAUUCCUCAGGUAUUCACUCCGGGUCGCGCGGUAGAGGCAGCCCCCCACACUCAGGCACCCCUUGCCCUGGCCUGGAGGUCACCCCAUGAGGGAGGGCAGCCCUGGAGCACUUUACAGGCCGGGCUUUCUGCCUAGAAGUGAGCCCACACCAAGCCGGAGGGCAGCGGGCUGUCCCUCUCCCACGGUGGCCAUGGCCACAGCCGCAGGCUCAGAGACUUAACCCUGCAACUGCUGGGAGAGCAACAAAAGCCGUUUCAGGAAUUGUUGAGUCUUGAGGAAAAAAAACAACCCAUUUCCCAAUUUUCUCCAUUUCUAAUAUCCGUAACUUAUUCAUGACGUUUGUUGUAGUGUUUCCGUGGCCUCCGUCUUGCAAGGCUGACCUUCCCGUGGUUGCAGAGCAGUGGCCUUGGGGUCGAAAGCGCCGUCUCCGGCCGCGGUGGACACCCUCUAGGGAAACCUCAUUUCCGUUCUUAGUGGCGGGGGCCUCGCACCUGCCCGCCAUCUGCUGUGUGACUUCCCCACGCGGACUGUGAAAUCCACACUGUUGAGCAGUUUGGAAGAGGUUGGGUUCAAUAAAACUUUCUGAGCUUGAGCUUAUGCAAUGAUCAGUGAAGAUUUUGACGUUGUAAAGAGUUAGACAUGAUCAUAGAAAUAAUCUGUAAAGUAUUCAACUUUCAAUCAUUUUUCAAAUUACUGUUUUAAAUUGUUUUUGCUGAGUUGUAAUACUUUUGAGAUACAAUGUAUUCCUUGUACUGAAAGAAUGAAAAAGGACUUUUUGAGCAUUUGAGGUAAGUUCUUUAACGUUUCAUUAAAAACAUUUUUUACAACUAUUUUGUACAUGCACCUGCAGUAUUGAGGUUAAUCAUUUUAAUAAAUUCGGAAAUUAAA